GCGGGGCGGCGGCCCCGGGGCGCGGGCCACGCGGGACCAUGGGCAACGGGAUGUGUUCGCGGAAACAGAAGCGGAUCCUGCAGACUCUGCUGCUGCUCGGCCUGGCCGUCGGCGUCCUGUACGGCGCGGCGCUCUACCACGAGCUGCAGGGCCAGCUGCGCAAAGCCGAGGCGCUGGCGCUCAAGUACCAGCAGCACCAGGAGUCCCUCUCCGCCCAGCUGCAAGUUGUAUAUGAACACAGAUCAAGAUUAGAAAAGUCCUUGCAAAAGGAAAGACUUGAGCAUAAGAAAGCAAAGGAAGAUUUUCUAGUAUAUAAGUUAGAAGCACAAGAAACACUGAAUAAAGGAAGGCAAGAUUCCAAUAGCAGAUACAGUGCACUGAAUGUCCAACAUCAGAUGUUGAAAAGUCAGCACGAGGAGCUGAAGAAGCAGCAUAGUGACCUGGAGGAGGAACACCGGAGGCAAGGGGAGGACUUCAGCAGGACUUUCAAUGACCACAAACAGAAAUACCUGCAGCUACAGCAAGAAAAGGAACAAGAGCUUUCUAAGUUCAAAGAAACCGUGUACAAUUUGAGAGAAGAGAAUAGGCAACUAAGAAAAGCUCACCAAGACAUUCAUACGCAGCUUCAGGAUGUCAAGCAACAGCAUAAGAAUUUACUCUCGGAGCAUGAACAACUUGUAGUGACUUUGGAAGACCACAAGAGUGCACUGGCUGCUGCACAGACUCAAGUCGCAGAAUAUAAACAACUGAAAGAUACGCUGAAUAGGAUUCCAAGCUUCCGAAAAUCUGACUCUGCAGAGCUGCACAACGGAACCUUCCCCCAGGUGGCCGGCCUUCCACAUGGGGACCACGCAGCUAGGGCGAAGCCAGCCGGAGAGCUGCAGGAGGAGUUUCGAAAUCCUGAGGUGUGGCAGAAAAACGAAGCAUUGCCUAGAAGAACAGAAGAAAGGAAAACCCGCCCUGCCACGCCGCCGAACGAGGCAGAAUUUCAGGCUCCGAUACAAGAGAACCCACACGGAGUGGAGCCCCGGGAGCCAGAGGAACAUCAGGUGGAAGAGGAGCACAGAAAGGCCCUGGAGGAGGAGGAGAUGGAGCAGGUGGGGCAGGCAGAGCACCUGGAAGAGGAGCACGACCCAUCGCCAGAGGAGCAAGACCGGGAAUGGAAGGAACAACCACGCCUACCGGAGGCUGCCCAGCCUGUACAGGGAGGAGCUGGCGCUGAGGACCAGACAUACCUUUCAGCCAGGCCAGAUACCAAACCACGAUCCCCUUAUGAGGAGCAGCUGGAGCAGCAGCGGCAGGCAGUGCAGAGGGACCAGGAGGCCCAGCGGCUGCGACAGCACCAGGAACUUCUGCACCAGCAGAGGCUGCAAGGACAUUUACUAGGACAGCAGCAGCAGCAGCAGCAGCAGCAGCAGCUGGCCAGAGAGAUGGUCCAGCGGAGACAGGUGGAGCUGGAGGACAACCAGCAGCAGCUAAGGCAACAGGCUCAUUAUAACGCCAUGGAUAAUGAUAUCGUGCAGGGAGCUGAGGACCAAGGAAUCCAAGAAGAAGGAGGUGCCUAUGAAAGAGAUAACCAGCACCGGGAUGAAGCUGAAGACGACCCCAGGAAUGGACCUGAGCCUCAGGAGCCUGGACGUCAGGAAGCUGACCCAGAGUCGGAGGCAGAUAGGGCAGCGUUGGAGGAUAUCAACCCGGCAGAGGAUCCCAAUAACCAAGGCGAAGAUGAAUUUGAGGAAGCUGAGCAAGCAAGAGAAGAUAAUUUGCCAGAUGAAAAUGAAGAACAGAAGCACAGUGACAGAAGGCAAGAGAAUACAGAGGUGGAAGAGCAUCUGGUGAUGGCUGGGAAUCCAGACCAGCAGGAGGACAAUGUCGAUGAACAGUACCAGGAAGAAGGAGAAGAGGAGGUUCAGGAAGAUUUGACUGAAGAGAAGAAGCGGGAACUGGAGCACAAUGCUGAGGAGACUUACGGUGAAAAUGAUGAGAACGUUGAUGAGAAACAUAACGAAAGAGAAGAACAAGAAGUUCGGGCACACAGCCGCCUCCGAGGUAGAGAGGAACACUACGAGGAGGAGGAAGAGGAGGAAGAAGAUGGGGCUGCUGAGAAAUCCCACCGCAGAGCCGAAAUGUAGCAGAGCCCAAUUCCCCAACAAGGCUCAGCCAACACAACGUUUUCUCAAGCCGCUCUAAAAUCAGUCUGCCUACCGAACUCUUAGGAUAUUUAAUUGCAGAGAUAAUUACGGAUUUAGACUUUUGUAACUUUUGUAUUAGAAAUGCUCAUACAUUUUUAUGGAUAUAUUUUGGUAACUUAGAUUAGGAUGUCUUUUAUAUUCAAAUCAAACAUGAGCAAGAAAUGCCAGAAAGCAAGUCUUGGCCUCUGUAUAUCUCAUUUAACUUGGAUUUAGCUUUCUGUUUCUAGUUCUUUGCCUUUGAUAACAUACAGGAUAUUUUAAAAGCAGGAAUACUUGCAACGUGACUUUCAACUAAGGAGAAUGAAUAACUCACUAACUGGUGCUCUUCCAACAUCCCAGUAUACUGUUCUGAUAGAAUUUUCACUGGCCCAUGAGCUUCUCGAACGAGACCUUGCUAUUGGGAAGCCAUUUUUCAUGCAGGUUAGAGAUCAUUUUUUUCAGAUAUCUCGGGUCAGUUAGAAAUGUGUUGGGAUUACUUUAAAAAAAAAAUCACCAUUGUUCUUCUUGAGAGGAAUCGAAUUUAGAAGCAGGAUAAUACCGAAUCUUAAUUCGUGACCUAAUCUGGCGUGUGCACUGUUCAAAAAUGUGUGACACAUCAGCAUAUUCAACUUUCUGAAGAGCUGAUGAAUCACUCAAAAAUUGAUGUAGUGUGUGUAUGGGAUUUUCUGUGAGCAUCCACUCCCAAUACGUUUCUUUUUCUGAAGUCACUCAUCCACACUUGGCUCCCUGUACUAAUAGAUGUUUCUCCUUUCGUCUCUGUGCUUCUGAAUAUAAUACCGUUGAUCACAAUUAUGUAAAGGGAGUCAUCACUAAACUGCACAUUGUAAUGAUUAUUUUACACAGCUAUCUAGCAAACUAUGUACACAGUGAUAUGACAGACGUUUUUGGCUUUUCUGUUUUGUGGGAAUAUUUUGUCUGCCCUUUGCCUAUAUAUGUAACAUUUUUAAUGACUAUGUCUUAAAAACAAGAAAAAUCAAUACAGCCAAACAUUUCUUCUGAAAGAGACCUAUUUCAGUUGCAAGCCUAACUAUUUUUAAAUAUGUAGAACUAGGUUAUAUAAUUCAUAGACGUAUGGUUUUUAAAUAGUACUUUGAAAAUAAUAAAAAAAUUAUUUUCUACCAUUAUCGUAUGACUAUAAUUUUAUUUUUUUUAAUAACUACACUCAUGUAUGGUUUUGAUUAGCCCAGUUGAGCUAUUGUGUAUGUAUGCCUGGAAAUGGUAUGUUCAAAUGUAUUUUGGAUUUCUAAUAAUCAUAAAUCUUACCUUUAUGUAUAAAAAUCCCUUGUGUAAUGUAAAGUGUAUAAUAUUGUACAUAAUACUCAGAAUACAAUUAUUUUGGUAAAUUAGUUUGUAUUUUUAAUGUCUCAGUUGUAGUAUUUAAUUAUUUGAAACUUGGUAAUGGUCAAUAAAGCUCUACAAAAACAAA